GCGAACCCGCAACCGGGCCGUCCCGUUUGCGCCGGAACCGUCGGGGGCGGCUCACGACACUCUCGCCCGCCGCCGCAGACGCGCGGAGAGUUUGAGAGGAGCGACAUGUUCACCACGGAGCGCAGGAGGAUGAGCCUCCACGACGUCAAGCGGAAAGACCCCGUCUGGGUAUCGGCCGGGACCCUUUGGAAGGACCCCCUGGCCAUGGAGCUCAGCUGCUGCGGCAAGCCGGCGCCGGGGUCGCCGCGCAAUCGGCACAGAGCCGCGUCCGUGGCUUACGUGGUCGGCGAGGACGCGUCGGUGCCGCAGACCGAGGAGAACCUGUCGCUCAAGUGCCUGAAGGAGGCGUGCGCCGACGCGCGCGCCACGUUCCAGAACAUCUCCUGCGAGAGGAUCUCGCUCGGCACCACCGACGUGCUGGACUCCUUCUACAACGCGGAUGUUGCCGUGGUCGAGAUGAGCGACACUUUUUGCCAGCCGUCCCUCUUCUACCACCUCGGCGUGAGAGAAAGCUUCAGCAUGACCAACAACAUCAUCCUGUACUGUUUCAAGCAGGACAACGACCUGCAGGCUCUCAAGGAGCAGUGUGGAAGCUACACGUUCAUCCCUUACGUGGUGUCACCUCAGGGUAAGGUGUUUGCCUGCGACGUUACGAUGAUGAAGGGCAUCAAAGAGCUGAUGCAGCCCAACUUCAAACUGGAGCCUCUGCUCACCCCACUGGUCGAGAGAUUGGUCCAUCUUCUGGAGAACGUUCAUGUUCAAUCCAGCGAGUACUUCAGAGAGAUGAUCCGACAUGAGAUCCGUACAGCACGGGAACGCUUCAGCGGGCCGGCCCUGAGUCAGGAGCUGGGCCACAUCCAGAAACGUCUGGACACAGUAGAGCUGCUCACCCCUGAUAUAGUCAUGAACCUGCUGCUGUCCUACCGGGACAUUCAGGACUAUGAUGCAAUCAUCAAACUGGUGGAGAUGCUGAACAACCUGCCCAUGUGUGUGUUGGCAGCACAGCAAAACAUCAAGUUUCACUACAUAUUUGCACUAAACAGGAGGAACCGGCCAGGCGAUCGUGACAAGGCCCUUGAGGCGAUUCUGCCCAUCGUGGAGUCAGGGCACAAGGUAGCUUCAGAUGUCUACUGUCUCUGUGGACGAAUCUAUAAAGACAUAUUCAUGAGCUCUGGGUUCACUGACCACCCCAGCAGAGACCAGGCGUGCUACUGGUACGGCAAAGCUUUUGAAGCAGAACCAACGCUUCACUCCGGAAUCAACAAUGUGGUCUUGUUAAUGGCGGCUGGCCAUGAGUUUGACACCUCUAUUGAGCUGCGGAAACUAGGUGUGACCCUAAGCUCCUUGCUGGGCAGGAAGGGAAGUUUGGAGAAGAUGAAGGACUACUGGGAUGUAGGUUUCUAUUUGGGGGCCAGCAUCUUAACCAACGAUCACAGGAAGGUCAUUGAGGCGUCAGAGAAACUUUAUAGGCUGAACGCUCCCAUAUGGUACGUGGGCUCCAUAAUGGAAACAUACAUCCUGUACCGUCAGUUUGCUAAACCGCCAGAGGUGAGAUCUCCCAAACAGGACACUGCGGACUUCUGGAUGGAGCUGCUUUUACAGGCCUGCAAGCCUACCGUCUCCACAGACCGCUGCCCAGUGCUGAUUCUGGAGCCCAGCAAAGUCUUCCAACCCACGAUCGUGUGUGUGAGCGAGGAGGAUGAGAGUCGCACCGUUCAGCUGAAACACAUCACCACUGUAAAGAAAGGCCUGCAUCAGUGGACCUUCCCGGCGUCUGCCAUUCGGGGAGUGAGUGCUUCGAAGAUAGACGAGCGGAGCUGCUUCCUGUAUGUCCAUUACAACUGUGACGACUUCCAGCUCUGCUUCCCCACAGAGCUGCACUGCAAAGGUUUCUGUGAGCUGGUGAACACCUUGCUGCUGCAGACCGAGGCCCCCGGCAGACGACCCAGUCACCUCACUGGCGGGAUACUCGAGUACAUCUAUGAGACCAACGAAAACGGAGACAAGGUGGUUCUUGGUAAGGGGACGUACGGCGUGGUGUAUGCUGGGAGGGACUUGAGCAACCAAGUACGCAUUGCCAUCAAGGAGAUCCCUGAGAAAGACAGCACGUACUCCCAACCCCUCCAUGAGGAGAUAGCCCUCCACAAGAGGCUGAAACACAGGAAUAUUGUCCAGUAUUUGGGCUCUGUUAGCCAAGAUGGUUUCAUCAAGAUUUUCAUGGAGGAAGUACCUGGAGGGAGUUUGUCAUCUCUCCUGCGCUCCAAGUGGGGCCCUUUAAAAGACAAUGAGGCCACCAUCAUCUUCUACACCAAGCAAAUCCUGGAGGGACUCAAGUAUCUGCAUGACAACCAGAUAGUCCACAGGGACAUCAAGGGUGACAAUGUGCUUAUCAACACCUACAGUGGAGUGCUGAAGAUCUCCGACUUCGGCACCUCUAAACGCUUAGCAGGGAUCAACCCCUGUACUGAGACCUUUGCUGGAACUCUGCAGUACAUGGCUCCGGAGAUUAUAGACCAGGGGCCCCGAGGCUAUGGGAAGCCAGCCGAUAUCUGGUCUCUGGGCUGCACUAUCAUAGAGAUGGCAACAGGGAAGACGCCCUUUCACGAACUGGGCAGUCCUCAAGCAGCCAUGUUUAAGGUGGGCAUGUUCAAGAUCCACCCCAAGGUUCCUGAGUGCAUGUCAGAGGAGGCAAAGGGUUUCAUUAUGAGCUGUUUUGAGCCAGACCCGGACAACAGGGCCACGGCCUCCGAGCUGCUGAAGAGCAGCUUCCUCAGAUCCUCUUCCAAAAAAAGGACCAAAGCUGCACAGGAACCAGAAAGCAAAGACGUCCUGUCUACUGCAGACUACCACCGCAGCUUGUCUGUCCCGGUCUCUAUCCAAGUGGAGGACAUGGACACCUAUACGGAUAUUAUCGACCUGUCGUGUUCACUGGACCUGCGGAGGCCCAUGGCGGCCCUCAGAGCAGAGGACAUCUCAGAGAGUCCACCAACCAGCAGCGGUUUCCUGCCAAUCCCAGAUUACGCUCAGCUGGACAUGAGCAGCCCAGCCACAACGGGGGAGAACAUGGGUCUUUUUUUACUGAGGAAGGACAGCGAGAGGAGAGCCACACUGCACCGAGUACUCACCGAGUACAUCAACCAAGUGGUAUCUAACAUACAGGACACUUUGCCACAGCCAGGUGAAGGAGCGUCGCUGACUACAGAUCACAUCUCAGAGUUAAUCGGCUGCUUGCGAGAGAACAUCCGCUCCCCGGACAGAAAGCAGCUGACCAGCAGCCUCCUGGAGCUUCGCGCCACGCUGCUUGCGGCCGUCGUUCCUCUGAAUUGCCUGCAGGCGGUGCUGUUCAGCUUCCAGGAUGCGGUGAAAAAGGUGUUGAGACAACAGCAAGUGAAACCUCAUUGGAUGUUCGCCCUGGAUAACUUGCUGAGACAAGCAGUACAGGACGCCAUAACAGUCCUUCUACCAGAGCUCAAACUCCAGCUGCAGUCCUCGUUUGAGGUUGAGGACAGUGCUCAUGAUGGAGAGCAGCCCUGUGAACCUGAGCCUCUUGAAGUUCCCUUCUCUGACCAUGCAGGGGCGUCAGAAGACUUGCAACUAACUCCUACAAAUGAGAACGUAGUUACAGCCGGCCCUGGCUCCCCUCCUCACCUUCCAUCUAUCAACAGCGCCCCCCUUAGACAAGAACUGACAGACCUUCGGCUGGAAACUAGAAGACUGCUGUGCCAGCUGAGCGAGAAGGAGAGAGAAUACCAGGAGCUGCUGAGAAACUCUCUCCAGAGAAAACAGCAGCAAAUCGACACCCUGAGGAAAGCACCCGUCACCGCAGAGGAUGGGGUGUUUCCAGACAGGAGCGCUACUCCACAGGCCCAGGCCCUGGCAGACUGGCUCAAGGCUGUCCCCGUAGAUCAAGACACUAUUGACAAGCUUGUCUCUCAUGAGUUCACCUUGGACUGUCUCCUCCACAUGGCCUGCAGGGAUGACUUGAUGUACUGCAGCAUAAGAGGUGGCAUGCUGUGUCGUAUCUGGACUGCCAUCAAGGCUCAGAGGAAGACGCAACCCAGCAUCAACCCUGAAGAGUACACCAACACUUGAUGGCUGUGGACAUUUACUCUGAUUGCCGCUAUGCAGAGAAUUAACAAGCAGGUUGGAGUUCGGAUGCCUCAUCGAACACAUGAACGUUGUCAGGAAGCUAUUUUAAGAGGGACAAGUAUUUCCCCCUGUAAAUAUUUGUAAGCUAAAUUAACUAACGCCCCUUUCCCGCUACACGGUACCGACUCGACUCGAGUCGCUUCUGCAUCGUUUUCCGUUACCGUAACAGUACCCCCUCAGUGUAGCUGGUCGUCAUAGCGACGCCUGGUUUUCAGUUUCAAAGUGCGCUUCGAUGUUUACCCGAUCCAGUUCUUCUAGAACCUCGACAAAGGCGGCACCAGAAAAGUGGUAACAGUUACCAAAAUAAUGGAAAACGAAAAAGGGCGAGUGGAGUCGGGUUGAGCCGGUACCAUGUGGUGGAAAGGGGGCACAAGAGAUAUAGGUGCAUCAGUUAGAAUUUCUGUUGUUUUUAGGGGGUCGAUGGCUGAUACUUCGUGUUAUGGUUAGGUCUCGCCAUCGGUGUUUGUAUUUUCUCAGGGGUUUGGCAUGUGAAUGUCGCUACAGCUAUGACCUUUUCUUGUCCAAAUGAUGCUACGUGCACAGUUUUUCUUUGCAAGCGAGGGAGGUGACUACUUCCAUUUAUCAGUGGCACUGUUUCAGAGUCGAUUUUGAUCUGACGAGAACUUAGCAGGAUCUAAGUUGUAAAAGGGAAGUUCUGGGAGGUUUCUACAAUGAACAAAGGAUCAUUCUUGUACAGUGGCGGCUGGCCAGUACAGGGCGCUGGGGCGCCGCCCCCUUCAAAUAUACAAGAGAUGAAAAUCUACUUAAACGUGUUAAAUAUAGUUUAGUUGUAUAAUGCAAAUAAUUAUGAAAUAAAAGUGUUUUUCAGUCUGUCAGCAGCAUUAAAUAUUG